ACAGAUCCAAGGACGAGAGUUUCACCAGUUCUCAAAGUGACAGCUCGCCUGCAGUUAAGAAGGGCAGGAAGUCUGUCUCAGAUCUUGACACCUCUUUGGAUUUAGGUAAAGGGUCUCACAGUGAACAGGAGACGGAAGAAAUCACAGAGAAUUGCUCAUCCUUGCCUGAAAAUGACAGUGCAGCAUUACAGUCAGAUGACAGACAGCCCCAAGAUUCAGUGCAGGACAAAGAAGAGAAGGUUGAGGAAGAUGAAAGAAGGUGAUGAGAAAGGGAAAGAAGAGAAUGAAUCACCAGAGAAAAAGAAACAGUCAGAGUCAGUAUCCAAAAGUCCUUCAAAAAGCACUGAUAGCAAGAACUUGAUGUCAGUGAAAGAUGAGCCCUCUGAAGGGAAAGAGGCAAAAGGGGUUGUGGGCAGAAAGAGAGGCAGGCCUGCUGGCUCAAAAAAUAAAUCUGCAGACAGAAGUUUUACCAGUCCUUGUGGAGGCAGUUCCCCAGUUGGUAAGAAAGGCAGGCAGUCGGUUUCAAAACUUGAAGAUUCAGAGGACUCGGAGGAUUUGAUGGUUCAAGAAAAUGCCUCACAGGUUGAAAGCAACAUUGAGGAGACCUCACCUGUGCAGAAGAAAGAUUCAGAGGAAGAUAGAAAUGUUAGUCCACAGAAAUUGCCAGAAAGUACCAAUUGUGAGAGUAGCGAGGAUUCCAUUGGAUCAGUUGACAGAAGUGAGGAGAAGGAAAAAGUUGAUGAGCCUGUGAAGGAACGAAAGCCUCAGAAUCACAGACAAGUAAUAUUCCAGAAGCUGGUUCCUGUAGGAGUGAUGAUGCUGGAACACCCAAUAAGACUGAAAGUAAGUCAUUACCUGUGGAAAAAGAUAAAUCUUUGGAUGUUAAAACUGUGAAAGAAGGAGGUAAGAAGAGGGGCAGACCUGCAGGUUCAAAGAAUAAGUCUAAGAACGAAAGCUUUACAAGUCUUGAGAAUGAUAGCUCACCGAAUGUUAAGAAGAGCAGAAAGUCAAUGUCUGAUCUUGACCAUUCAGAGGAUACAAAUACUAGUUCUCAGACUGAAGAAAAAUCUGUUGAUGAAAAGAUAGAGAGUAUGGAAGAUCCUAUUGCUGCUGGCAUUGAUGCCAAAGAUGAAGGGAAUCCUGACAAAGCUUCGACAAGCUCACAAUCUGUUUCAAAAACUGGAGAGAAGUCCCUCACGCCACAAGGUAAAGAUGCUCCCAAAAGAGGCCGAGGGAGGCCCUUUGGAACCACAAAGAAAGCAAAAAGUCAGCCCUCUCUCAAUGAAUCUAUUUGUUCCAAUCCCUCAGAG